CGCGCAGCUAAAUAAGGCAUCAACGCCUGUACCGGAACUUAAACCUUGGAACUUAUCUCCUUACUAUUUUAACUAUCUUACCUAAACCUCUUCGAGGCGAUUUUCAAUCCAGUCUUUGCCGGCACUCCGGCAACCUUUCUUUGUCAAGAAUCCCUUUCUCUUUCAACCACACCCGACAAUCAGCAAUACCGAAUUCCUGGAUUAAUCAAUCCAUUCCUACGACCCCCAAUACAACUCCCCUGAGGCUGAACUGACCCGACUCGACUUGACAAGUCAUCAUAAUCUAACGACAUAAACGGAAGCCUACAAGGAAUUCGUCUCUAUCCACUAUUCCCCCUUUUUCGAAUUUCCAUCGAGUACAGACCAAUCACCAUGUUUGACCUCAUUCCAAAGCUCCUUUCCUCCGUAGCAUCCUUCCUCUUCCCCCUCUUCGCCUCCUACAAGGCGCUCAAGACCUCCGACCCCGCGCAGCUGACGCCAUGGCUGAUGUACUGGUCCGUCCUCUCCUGCGCCCUGCUCGUCGAGUCCUGGACCGAGUUCAUCCUCUGGUGGGUGCCGUUCUACUCCUACAUGCGCCUCGGCUUCCUGCUCUACCUCGUCCUGCCCCAGACCCAGGGCGCGCGCGUUCUAUACGAGACCUACCUGUACCCCUACCUCGAGGAGAACGAGACCGCGAUCGAGGACUUCAUCGCCAGCGCCCACGAUAGGCUCAAGGCCGCCGGAAUUGCCUACUUGAAGCGCGCCAUCGAGAUGCUGCGCACCCAGGUGCUAGGCAUGCCGCCGCGCGAGGUAGAACAGGAGGACACCCGGGCCACCGCUGCGCCCCAAGGAUAUACGCAAGCACUUCUAGCGAGGUUUAGCGUUCCGGCAGCUCGAUGGGCGGCGAACAACACCGAUGCCUCGGGCGGUCCCAACUUCUACAACAUGCUAGCCGGUGCCGUGGGUGCGGCAGCCAGCAGCUUCGCGCCGCCGUCCGGGAACCAGGAGGCAUCAACGGCCACACUGAUCCCCGAGAAUAUUGGUGGCGCCGAGGACAAGAUCAACUUCAUCGUCGCGCAGAAGGAGAAGCUGGCACUCAUGAUGGGCGCCCUGGACAAGGAAGCCAGACAGCUCGAGGAGCGCAAGGCUGCUGAUCAGGCCAAGAAGGAGUUGCGCCCUAGCAGCAUGAGCUUGGACGGGCAGGAUAGCUCACGCCCGCCCAGCGGUCACAGCGUGUGGAGCGGCCUCAGCAAAAGCCGAAGCGAGGUCGAUUUUGAGAAGAUCGACGCGGAGAGCGGUGCUGAGGAGGAUGAAGGGACUUUACGUAGGAGAGGGACUGUCGGGGAGCCGAGUCCCGGCAGUACGAGGAGUGGAUGGAGCUUCUUGGGCUGGGGAACCGUGGGCACUGGACAAGCACCAGGGACCAGUGAGCCAGAUACGGGACGCAGCUCUGGGAUUCAGAAGUAGGCCAACUCUACGCCCACACAUUCAAAUUCAAUCGCAUGGAGUUAAUGGUUUCUGGGUCCUUGGACGGUCUUGCAUGCUUGGGGUGACGGGUAGAUUUUGGUUGAGUUGGGGGUUAGACGAUAGGAUUCAACACUUGCCCUGAGGAAUACACUCUGGAGCUGAAAAGCCGUGU